CUUUUGACAAUUCCUGCCUGAUAAGUGCUGCUGUUUUUGGGGGGAAUGGGGAAAAUAUUUUAAAACAUUACACGCUCAGCGUGAGGACGUGGCGGUUAUUAACCAAUCAAAAGGCCGAAACUGUCCUGAAGUGGAGUAAUGGACGAGCGGUAUGGCACAAGCUAAUCUUAGUACAGGAAACGACUUUACUACGGCGUUGGCGAUGGGUGUGUAUCCGGAGUAGAUAACGACGUUGACGGUCAAAAUCGAAAGACUUCAGAAAGACCGAGUAUGGCGCUGCGGCCGUUGGUCAUGUGCUUUGCGCUGUGCGUGGUGUACGCCUCCAGUAAACCCACCAUCGAGAAGAAGGACCGUGUCAUUCAUGACGACCUGCUUAGCAACCGCAACCAUGACGACGCAGAUAACUUUGAUUAUGACCAUGAAGCGUUUCUUGGACAGGAUGAGGCCAAGACCUUCGAUCAGCUCACACCUGAAGAGAGCAAGGAGAGAUUGGGUAUGUUGGUAGAGCGUAUAGAUGAGGACAGGAAUGGGUAUGUGUCAGUAGAGGAGAUGAGGAAGUGGAUCAAACACAGUCAGAAGAGGUGGAUCUAUGAUGAUGUGGACCGCCAGUGGAAAGGUCAUGACCUUAACGGAGAUGGACUGGUGUCCUGGGAGGAGUACAAGAAUGCCACAUACGGAUACAUACUGGAUGAUUCAGACCCAGAAGAUGGCUUCAGCUACAGACAGAUGAUGUCACGAGACGAGAGGAGAUUCAAAAUGGCCGACCUGGACGCGGACCUGAAGGCCAAUAAACAGGAGUUUACAGCCUUCCUCCAUCCUGAGGAGUACGACCAUAUGAAGGAUAUAGUUGUACUGGAGACCAUGGAGGACAUUGAUAAAAACGGAGACGGCUUCAUAGAUCUGGAGGAGUACAUAGGUGACAUGUAUAACCAGGAGGGUGAUCCUUCAGAGCCAGAGUGGGUGAAGACAGAACGAGAACAGUUUACUGAGUUCAGAGAUAAAAACAAAGAUGGCCACAUGGACAAGGAGGAGACCAGAGACUGGAUCCUCCCUUCAGACUACGACCAUGCAGAGGCAGAAGCCAAACACCUGGUCUACGAGUCAGAUAACGACAAGGACGGCCGUCUGACCAAGGCAGAGAUCCUGGAGAAGUAUGACCUCUUCGUUGGCAGCCAGGCUACUGAUUUUGGAGAAGCCUUGGCAAGACAUGAUGAAUUCUAACCCUCCACUUCCCACACAGGGUUGGGCUCAAUUCCAGGUCAAUUAGGUCAUGGAGUUGAAAUCCCAAUUAAAAAUAAGUGCACUAUAUGGAGAAUAGGGUGACGGUUGAGACGGAGCGUUUCACUCCGAUGCCUAGGAUAAUAAUUGGAUUUCCUGGCCUAUUAUACAGACUAGUGAAUACAUCACUUUGUACUAAGUAGUGUACGAGUUUGGACAUCAAGACACACCUCCUGGUUUGGCUCCACCUCCACCGCCACCAUCCUCUCGUCCAAUCCGGACAAUGGAAAGGAUAUACAGUAUUUCCUUUGUCUUCAUUUGCAGAUCAACUUUGUUUUUGUAAAAAGUGACAGAAUACAGAUGUUAGUGUUUGUUUUGUUAGCCUUGUUUGAACAAUGUGUCAGGCGUGCAAUGAAGUGCAGAACUGUGCAUGUUGUGGUCAUUUCAGUUUUCAAUUCAGGAAGUGAGUCAAAAUUCAAUAGAAAACAAACUGAAUUGAUCCCAACCCUGGUGUGUGUUCUGCUAUGCACUGGACUAUGAAGGGGAGAUGUACAGUGCCCUCCACUAAUAUUGGCACCCUUGGUGAAUAUGAGCAAAACGGGCUGUGAAAAAAAAAUGUAUUUGUUUAUCCUCUUGGUCUUUCAAAAAUAUUCACAUAAAUCUAACCUUUAAUUAAAGUAAAAUAAUUUGAAAAAAUAUAUCAUAGAACAAAUAUUUUUCUCUGUGUGCCACAAUUAUUGGCUCGCCUUCAUUCAAUACUUUGUGCAACCUCCCUUUAUCACGAUAACAGCUCUGAGACUUCUAUAAUAUGUAAUGAGGUUGGGGAACACAUGGCAAGGGAUCUGGGACAGAAUCUGUCCAGAUCAUUGUGGACUCUCUUCAGCUCAUCCCACAGGUUUUCUGUGGGGUUUAGGUCAGGCUGGGAUGGCCAUGGCAAAACCUUGAUUCUGUGGCCAGUGAACCAUUUUUGUGUUGAUUUUGAGGAGUGCUUUGGGUCAUGUACUGCUGGUGGGUCCAACCAUGGCCCAGUUUAUAUCUGCUGGUACUUGUCCAUGAUACCAUGUUUCCUAACAAGUUGUCCAGGGCCUUUGGAAGAAAAACAGCCCCACAACAUCAAAGAUCCACCACCAUACUUCACAUUGGGGACUUUUCUGCAUGGCUAUCUUUCUGUCUAUGCCAGACCUACCUCUGGUGUUUGUUUCCAAAAAGCUCUAUUUUGGUCUCAUCUGACCAUAGAACCCAGUUCCAGUAAAGUUUUGCGAAAUGUAGGCACUUGAGUUUGUUUGACAGCAAAGGCUUUUUUAUGGCAACCCUCCCAAACAACUUGUGGUUAUGUAGGUGCGUCUGAUCGUAGUUUUGGAGACUUUCGGACCCCAACACCCAACUAACGUCUGCAAUUCUCCAGCUGUGAUCCUUGGAGAUUUUUUUUGGGCCACUCGAACCAUCCUCACUGUGCGUGGGGUCAAUAUAGCCACACGUCCUCUUCCAAGCCGUUUGUUAACAUCUCCAGUUGCUUUAAACUUCUUACUUAUUGACCUGAUAGUGGAAAUGGGCAUUUUCAACCAUUGAGACAUUUUAUUAUAGCCAUUUCCUGAUUUGUGCCGCUCAAAAACCUUUUGUCGCACAUCAUUACUGUAUUCUCGGGUCUUUCCCAUAGUGAUUGAUGAUGGGAAUUUGGCCUGUGUCACCUCAUAUUAAUACCCCAGUGAAACAGGAAGUCGUGGCUUACCACUUAUGUGUUCCUAAUCACUCAGGUGAACUUAAUGUAAAAUAUUAAUGUGAAUAUACUUCAGUUAUAUUUUACCUAUAAGAAUUUCUAGGGGUGCUAAUAAUUGUGGCACAUGUUUCGUAGAAAAAUGUUUAUUUCACAAUUUUUUUCAAUAAUUUUACUUCAAUUAAAGGUUACAUUUUUGUGAAUAUUUUGAAUGAAAGACCAAGACGAUAAACAGUAGACAUGUUUUUCACAGCCCGUUUUGCUUAUAUUUACUAAGGGUGCCAAUAUUAGUGGAGGGCACUAUAACACGGUCCACUCUAUAAGCUACUACCACAAACUGCUCUUUUGAUUUCAUUGGCUAGCAGUGUCUUCAUACCACCACUCCCCAUAUGUGGCCAAUCCUCCCAGGGUUAGGGUUAGUGGUUGUAGCCCAGGGAUCAUCAACUAGAUUCAGCCGUGGGACGAUUUUUAUUCUAUUUUUUAUUGAGUGGAUGGUCGGUGGGCCAGUUCCUACAUGUGUGUAGGAGCUUGGCUCAAUUAGGGGUUAGAUCAGUUAUUUUUACUUCAGUCUGGGCACCCCCUAGGUUGUACAUUUCUGAUCUAGUACCUGUACUAGCACAACAUAUACAGGGCUGGAACAAAAAUGCGAAACCUUGUGUUUCACUCAAGGACCAGAGUUGCGAAACACUGGAUGGGAAACUGAGAGAAACUGUAGGACUCUUUCGUUCUCUGAUUCUAUGUGUGUGUCCCUCCACUGAGUGCCUCCUUUUGUUUUAUUUUGGUAUCUACUGAAUUCUCUUCUGUACUACACACACAUACCACACACACAUACUACAUAUGUUUGGAGGCUUAUUAAAGUAAGAUUUCCCCUGUCCAUUCUUCUUCCCUAGUUAUAGUUGUCAGACUGUAUAAUCAUUUUAUAACACCUGAUACUUAGUGUAUGACCCUCUAUAACCACUGUUAUUGAUCUGGUUCAACUUCCCUUAAACCCUCUGCCAUCAGGACUACAUGAUAAUGACAUGAACAGUCAUAACUGUUGGUAUAAAGUCCGUUUUGAUAAACUGACACCAAAAGUAGGACUUUUUAUGACAUGUUAUGUCAUGUUUUCAACAGUGUUAUUUAUGUAGGUCUUAUGGACAAAGGGUUCUGGUAAAGUUUCCAUUGUCUUUAUAAAAUAUAUGUUAUAAUAUAUGUUAUAAUAAUGUAUAUGCUAUAGCUGUUUUUUACAUGAUCAAUCCAGCGCCAUGCCUAUCAGUAGUGAUUACCCUGUACAUACCUUGUCACCUGUUGCCUUGUUGACAGUGUGUGCUGUUGUCAAUCAGGUGGAGAAGUGUUUUUCUGAUUAAAAGGAUGUUGUGGAGGUUUUA